CCUCCUCCCCGCCUUGAGGACUGUGGUUGGGGCUCCCGGCGCUGGAGUGGUGCAGCUCGCCGCGGCCCGAAGCGGGGCUCCCCGCCCUGCGUCCUCGGCCCCGCGCUCCGCCGGGGGAGACCCGGAGCUGCCCCCGCGCUUCGGCCGCAAUGACAGCGGGGCCUCCCGGUUACCGCGGCGAUGACCGCACCUGCGGGUGAGGAGGACCCUUUACACGCCAACACCCUGCAGAGUCUUUACGUCCGCAGGUUGAUCCUUAAAAAAAAAAAAAAUCUAUCCAGUAAAGGGCUUUCAUGAAGAAAUUAAAGAGAGAAAUUACAAGUAAGAGAAAAACUAGGAAUUAUACGCUGGAGAAACCACCACCUAAAAUAACUGUAUGGAGUAAGACACAAAGAGUGAAUACAUCUGAAAGAAUUUUUACUUACUAUGAUAUUUUCUGCCCAUUUUUUCAUCGUAAAGACUGCUAAGGAAGAGAGAAUAUAGUUUUCUAGAGAAAGAACGAGUGUAAUGUAAAAAUGGAGACCACAGUUUCUGAAAUUCAAGUUGAAAGCAAGGAUGAGAAGAGACCAACAGAAGUUAGUCCUCAAGAUGAGAGGCAAGAGGAAAGAGCAUCAGUGCUUUGCUUCAAGAGAAGAAAGAAAGCAACCAAAGCAAUGAAGCCCAAGGCUAGCUCUGAAGCUGCUGGGGCAACAAUGAAGUGUCCACCAGAAGCAGAAGCUUCCGAUCAGCCACAGCCCCCAGGGGGUGCCUGGGCCUCAAUCAAACGUCUUGUAACACGCAGGAAAAGGUCAGAAUCUUCAAAGCAGCAAAAGCUCUUUGAGGCUAAAGUACAACCUGAAAUCAGUGCUGAGGAUGCUGAUCUUUCUAAGAAAAAGGCAAAAUCCGGACUUAAGAUUCCUUGCAUAAAAUUCUCAAAAGGAGAGAAAAGAAGUAAUCAUUCCAAAAUUAUAGAAGACUCAGACUGCAGCAUCAGAGUCCAGGGAGAGGCAGAACAUUUGGAUACAAAAGCUGCAGCCCAAUCAGAUGACCAGGCAACAAAGACCAAGUUGCCCCAGGAUGUAAGUAAAGACGUCUCACGGAAAGGAGGUGAUGAGAUCUGUGAACCAAAGGUGAGCAACAGCACAACUACACCUGGAGAAAAAGUGAUUUCAGUAGAACUUGGGUUAGAUACCAGGCAUUCUGCUGUUCACCCAGGAACUCUAAUCCUUGAAGGAGAUACUGAAACGAUUGAGGAAAAACAGAGUGUUCAACCCCCACAAGCAAGCGCACUUGAAACUUCAGAAACAGAACAGCCACCAGUGGUUUCCGAUGUUCUUCCCUCACCUACAAUCCCAGAUCAGCAAAUUGUGGAAGAAGCUAGAAGCAAUAUCCUAGAAAGUGAACCAAAUUGGGAAGAGCACGAAAGUAGAGAAGUUGUAGCCGAGGAGAGUGAGCCUAAAGAUACUGAACUGAGCCAGGAAUCUGAGCUGAGAGAAAAUGAGGUCACUGCAGAGAAACCCAAACCAGAAGAAAGCAAAAGAAUGGAGCCAAUUGCUAUUAUUAUUACAGACACUGAAAUCAGUGAAUUUGAUGUUAAGAAAUCUAAAAAUGUCCCUAAGCAAUUCUUAAUUUCUAUUGAAAAUGAGCAAGUAGGGGUUUUUGCUAAUGAUAGUGGUUUUGAGGGUAGAACUUCAGAACAGUAUGAAACACUCUUAAUAGAAACAGCUUCUUCUCUUGUUAAGAAUGCCAUCCAAUUGUCUAUAGAACAGCUGGUUAAUGAAAUGGCCUCUGAUGAUAAUAAAAUGAACAAUCUUCUACAGUGACUUAAUUUCCAGAUGAUGAGAGGAAAAGAAAAAAGGCUUAAUGCUAAUUAUUAUACAUAUUUGUGGCAUUUCUUAAUCAGUUACAAAUGAGAGGUUUAUCAUCUGUGGAACUUAAAGGUACAGUUCCAGCCCAAAAAUGCUAAAGAAUUAAGUUUAUAAAACUCUCCUACUACUGAAAUGCAGUCACUUCUGGAUUAGAGGAAGUCAAUACAGAUUACGAUGGAAGUGACAUACAGGGAGUUGCUAAAAUGACAUGUGGAAGUUGGGGUGCUUGGGGGAAGGAAGCUGUAUUUAUUGAGCAUUUAUGAUAUACCAGAAACUCUUUAAUAUUAUCUGAUGUCAAAAGCCCGGUUUUCUUUUGAUAGUUCAAUCCUGUAUAUAGGUUAACAUCACAUUCGAUUUUCAAAGCUUUUUUUUUUUUUUUACAGUGCACUUUUAUGUUUAAAAUGGUGAAUAAGGUGAGCUAUUUUUGUGAAUGUGUGAUUUACAGUUGUUACACUCAUAGGCAGUAGUCUUACCUCAAAAAAAAAAUUGCCUUUUCCUAAUUUCAGCAGAAUGUGCAUAUUUGAAUUAAACAUGAGUUUUUCUAGUCUUGCUUAAAUACCAUACAAAAGCCAUUCACAAUUUAUUUCAAAUAAUUACCAAGUGCAAAGGUGUGGAAAUAGGCAGUGCAUUUUCUCUCUCCAUCUUUCUUCUGCCUCAAACCUGUCUAAAUCUAUUUCUACAUGGGGUCAUCUGCUGAAAAGUUAAAAACAAAACUGAAAAAACUAAACAACAGCAACAGCAAAAACAAGAAGAGUGAAAUACUGUUUCUCAUCCAGGAGAAGCAAACUGCCCGAGUAACAAAUUAUCACAGAUAACAUAGGAUUCAUCUUGCAGGAUUGCUUCUCUAGAGACCAAAAUUUUCCACCUCUCCUCAAGGAGGGAAUUCACAGCCAGCCCAGCAGUAAAAGUCCUAGGAAAUCAUAAUAACUUAGUGCAAAUAUUACUCAUUUUUUAAAAAGAAUGAGCCAAGUUCAUAGUUGCAUAAAAAGUGAAACAUUAUUGCUAAAGCACAUUAUAUUUUAAUGUCAGUAUUCUCUCAUUGUGCCUAUGUGUCAGGAGACACCAGUAACAAACAUUUUACAUGUAUUUUGAAAAUUAACUUUUUCAUCAGUAUUUUCAAUCCAGCUAAUCCCUUACCAAAAAAAAAAAAAAUGAACUUAAUAUAACAAUGAGAAGGGCUUAUUUGCAUUUUAUCUGGUCAUUUAAAUCAUCAAUCUCAUCAAUAGUUACCUUUUUUUUGAAAAAAGUAAUUCCAUUUCAAUAUUUCCUUGUGUGAAAUGGCCAUAAUACUACAACACACUUCCCUACCUCACAGGUAAAGAUCCAAAUCGUAUAGUCCACACUGUCUAAACUGAGGGACAAUGCUGCUCUUACAGUAUAUGAAGUAUAGAGCUUUCCACUUGAGUUGCAAGAUAUUUAUUAAAGAGUAUUUGUACAUACUUGGAGAAAAGAGUGUACAUUAGAUGACUGUAAAUGAUCUGGUGACUUCUUACAUUUUUUACGGAUUAUGUAUAGAAAGUAUAUGCUAAUUUGUCCUAUAGAACCUUCUUUGUUUCUUGCUGUGAGUAAGUGCAUCUUGAGACCUUUGGCAGAAAAACUUAAUCUGACUUUGGAACCGAACCAAAUAAUGGAUAUGAUUAGCAAGAUUCUUUGCUAAAGUGCAAAAUUAUUCCCCCAGACUUUUCUACCUUCAUGCCUAUAAACUUGGGAGGAUAAACCCACAAAAAUCCUUCAAUUUAGCAACACAAAAGUGGAUUUUCAAAACAUAUGACCCAAGAAAUGAAUUUUAGUUGUACAAUAUUUAAACAUUAAAAAAAGACUGCUAAGUCAUUCUCCCUAAAAAUACUCUUAAUUCACUAUAUGUGGUGCUAAUGGACUUGGAUGGCUACCAGCAAAUAUCAUAUCAUAUAUAAAAGUGAACAAUUUUUUAAAAGCUGAUCAAAGUUGGUGCAUUUUACAGUGUUUUAAGGAAUCCUAUCUUCAUUUAUUGCAAGAAUGACUCAAGCCAAUACACUUGCAUUGUAAGUUUUUUAGUAAUCUCUCAUGAAUGAAAACAAAGUAUAGCACUUAUCAGUGAUUAAAAUAUUUUGGAAGGAUUAGGCAUAUUUGGAAGUUUUAAAAACAGAUAUGAGAUAAAUAUGUGUAAUUAAUUAUUUUUGUUAAGAAAACAACUCUCUCUAGUCCUGGGUUUCUACUUUUUUUUCCACUAUGGUUUGAUAUAUAUUUUUGGUUAGAAUGUAUUGUAAUUGACUGUUUUUGUGAUAAAAUGUGUACUCUACUUGCAUUCAUUCCUAACUGGUUCCUUCUUAAUCUUUUCUAUUGAGAAUAUCUGGUGGAUUAAAUAAAUAGGAUUCCAGUCUCAAAAAGGAAUCCAGAAAUUAAUUGGUCUCAAUCUGAGUAUACCUGCCACAUGGCCAAAUCCUAUUAAAGUGAACUCUAAGGUGAUCUAAAUUGUUUUGUUAUAGAAAUAAGCAGGAAUCAGAUAACUUGGAAGCCUCUUAUAAAAUACGUUUCAUUUCGAUAAUAUUUAUUUUAAGCAAUUGGACCUUAUAUGCAAGGCAUUAAAUGAAUAUAAAUAGGUCCCUAUUCAGUUCCUACCCAUUUGACAUAAUUAAAAUGAUCAUUUAAAAGGUAAUUUAGUAAUACCACAUUAAUUUUCAUUUAAAUUUGCUGUGAUAAAUGCUGCCCUUUGAACUCAAUUUACAAGGUGGGUUGCUUUAUUGGAUACUUGUUAAUUUUUUCAGCAUAUUAUCUUCUUCCUUUUAAGAGUCAAGUAUUAUUCACUUUGCUUUACAACCCAGUGAAUAUGAAAACCCUCUUCUAUUUUAUGGAGCACUAUUCACUUAACAUUUUCUCAAAGUACUUUAUAGGAUAUAAAAAUAGUACUGGGUAACAUUUAAGUAAAGGUAGCAGAAAACAAAAGAACUUUCAAACAGAAAUCAUGUUCCCUGCCACCUCCUCCACCUCAAAGAAUAAUAAGCAUGUGGCACAAAUGGAAUUCUUCAGAAAAGCUGCCUGCAUAAUUUUCUUUCAAGGUAAUGCAUUUGACAGUACGAAGUUUGUAAUGGUCUUAAUUAAUGGUCCACUAUUUAGUGGAAUCAAAGAAACUGAUUUAUUUCUGAGAGAUCAUCUUAUUUCACCAGUGUCUGUAAAAAGCCUUACUGCUUAAGGUUGUUAAAGAUACCGGGUAUGGGAGGGCACCAGUCAAAUCUGGCUUCUGCAUGCAAUCCAGAGUUAACUUCAUAAAUGUUUAACUUCAAGUUGCCUUAUUUUUUAUAGUUAAAGAGUUAAUUUGCAGGGAGGGGGGUGGUUUGCAGCAGAAUUUUUAAAAUAAUUGCUAGGCUUUAGAAUCCCAUUGUUUGGAAAAAUCCUUUUAAUGUCAACUUGAUGCAGAUCUAUAGAGUCUUCUAAUUUUAUCUGAUACUCAAUACAUCAGGGGUUGAUUUUUCUGCCUGCCAUUUCUAUAUUUUUUAAAAGUCGUUGUUUAUGGUUUCAGGUUCUUUAGGUUCAAAUUCCUAUGAUGUUUUAUCAUGUAACAUAAGGUUUCUUAUACAGAAUUCAAAAUUUUAAUAGUACAUUUUGUGGUACAGUUUUGAAAAAAAAUUCUUGUAAUCCUUAUUUAGUUACAAAAAUCAAACAGAAGGAAGCUACAUAAAAUUUAGAUGUCCUGAUUAAAUUCAGUUUGAUUCAACAUGUGUUGAGUAUAACAUAUGCCCAACAAUGUUUGUAAAGGAGACAGGCUUCCAGCCCUCCAAGAGCUCAAGCUAGGGAACAGCAACCAGAGGAACUGGGACAGUGAUUAAGGCAAAGAGCCAUAGGCAGUGCAGGAUCAUAGUGCCAUAGAGGGGAGAAUAAAGAGAGAGUGGUUAAUUUGUCCAUUGUGGGGAGGUGGGCAGUUUGAAAGCAUCCAAAUGCAGAGCAAUUUGAAAGCAUUGUUUCUAAAUAGUUAAGCAGUUAUGUUCAUUAUGAUUUGUGAACAGGUGCAGAAAAAAAGCCUGCAUAAUGUUACAUAUUUAUAGUAGUUCUUUGUCUGUAAAAAUGUUAAGUGGAUGAGCUAUUAUGAAAGUAAAAAUUCCAUUUUGUAAUUUCUCAUUAAAGUUAGUACUAUAUGACUGGAUCAGAUGCUAAUAUUUAAGAAAUACUCUGUAGAAAAAGGCUUCAACUGAAUUAAUAUAUGUAUGACUCAAUAUAGAAUAAAUAUCGUAGUGGCUCAUGUUUA